UUCUGCGUUGCGUUGAGUUCCAAGCAGCGGACCCGGGCUUCGGAACUGCUGCGGGAACUGUGCUGGAACUUGCGAGUACAGUAAGUGAAAGAACGCCGACAAGAACGGAACGGUCGUCCCAGGUUGUUGCGCGCGCUCGCGGUCGAUUGCCAGAGAAUCCGCUACACCUAGAUUGAGAUAGAGAGGAGUGAGUGUGCAAGAGGACGGUUCUGCCCGGAAUCGCGUGUGAAAAUUUCGUUUCGUUUUGGGAAUCGGUUAAGGCGGAAGUGACUUCCGGAACAACUCGGCCGGAAGUGUCCAACCUGGUCUUCAAGAGAGACAGGUGUUUUCUAAGUGGCAAUGUGAAUGUGUGGCCACUUUUUGAGUGAAACUGGAGAAAAAAUAGUUUAAGAAAUACACAAAAAAUACUAAUCAAAGUGCAAUAUUUUCUAAGAUAUUAGUGAGUUAAGUCAGGAUUAAGUGAUCUGAAAGGAAGAACCAACGGCAAACCAGAUCUCGCUGCGACCCUAAGUGAUCAACAAGUUACACAAGUGUCGCAACAAAGCAAGGCCUGUCCCAACUGUCAAAACAGACCUGCUCCCGCAAGUGGAUUACCAUACAAAGGAGCUGUCAAAACGAGAAAAAACAAGUGUCAAAAGCAAGUGUUUGGCCGGGGUAGUGCUAUGACCCUUAAGUGACCCCCGACUACUAGAUUGGAUUAUUUUCGUCGUAACAGUAGCAGAAGCUAAACCAGAAACAAGAUGCCGAAGAUCAAACACUGGUUCCGGCAGCACUGGAACAACCAGCAGCAGCAGCUGGUCGAGUCGGCCGAUCCGACCGGCGCCGAUGGCAGCGUCGACGGCGAUUCCGGCGGCGAGGGCGGCCUGAACGAGCCGCUGUCGCUGGUGUCCCGCAAGAAGCAGGUCGGCAAGGAGGCGACAGUCCGCGACAUCUUCGGCGACGAGAACCGCCUGAGCCCACCGUGCCGCGAGUCGUCCGCCUCGCCCUCGAUCUUCUCCUCGGCCAUCCGGGCCGCCCACAGCAGCUCAUCCUCCCCGUCCCUCCUGUGCUCCUCUCAGUCCAGCCGCAGCAGCAAUGGCAACUCACCAGCACCCACACAAUCGUCGCCGCUCUUCCUGCAGCGCACAAUCGCUCAGAUCGCCAAAGAACAGCAGCCGGAAGUGACGACGGCCACAAGCCGCCGAUUGCUGACCCCGGCCGAACGGAAGGACUAUGCGGCGGUUGCGCCGCCACAGGCGGACAAGAAAGAGAUUCUGCGGGAGGAACGGAACGUGAUUACGGAGGAGCGGGAGGUGGUGCGGGUUGGACCUCCGCGGACACCGCCGCCGUCGAUUCCGGUGGUGCGGUGUUCGGUUAUACGGAGGGCGCCGACGGCGCCGCAGACCGUGCAGAGCCCCGAGAGCAGUCCCAAGGCGGUAGAUUUGAAGGUGCGGGCACCGGAGGUUGAGCCGGAGCAGGAGCAGCCGAUUGACUGUCGGGUGCCGAAGCGGACGGAGGAGAAGGAUGGGAAGAAGGAGGAUGAGGAGAAGGAGAAGCGGAUGAGGGAUGCCCGCAAGGCGGUCAUGUGGCGGCGGCAUUUGCUGGCGAUGCAUGCGUACCAGCAUCGGUUGAAGGUCAACGGGAUCGUGCAGGCCGCGGCGGGACAUGGAAGGUCUUCGAGCGGAGGAGCUCAGGCUGGUGGCGGUCACAGCAGUGGAGGUGGAAGCAUUAGCUUCUCUGGGGGUUCGGGGGGAAGUAGCGGAGGAAGUGGUGGAGCUAUUGGAGGUGGAGGAGGUGCCGGAGGUGGCAUGGGAGGUGGUCGGGAUGGGCGAUCCAACUACGGACCGAACAGUCCUCCGACGGGAUCGCUGCCGCCGUUCUACGAGAGCUUGAAGGGAGGAAACGCGGGUGGCCUGAACGGGUACAACGCCAACGGAGGCUUCCUGAACAGCGCCUGGAACAACAUGGACUGCGACACGACCCAGGAUCUCACCAGCAUCGGCGGAGGCUACACGACGGACGCCAACGGGAACUCCGCCUCCGGCGGCGGAACCACGUCCAAACAAUACUCAAUGCUGCACAACUCCACGUACGGGCUAGCCCUCAAGGACGAAGCGGACCUCGACUACGACUCCAAGAUCGACUCGCUGUCGAACCUGUACGGCACGUACGACGUCAACGACUCCAUGAUGGUCGACAUGAACGGGGUCGGCGUAGACCCGCUCCAGUUCACCGCAACGCUAACCUUCUCCUCACCCGGCGAUAGCAACCUGCUGGACAGCCUCACCGACGCCGUCGACCUGAGCCACUUCCUGAACCGGCUCCCGUCCGACGACCACUCCAGCAACUGCAACGACCUCGAACUCACCUCAACGCCCUCCCUCACCCCGGACUCCGUCUCAACGUCGCUGCACCACGACGGGCUCGACCAGUACCAGGACCACAUGCUCCUCUCCCGAUCCUACAACUCCUUCAACAACAACAACAACACCCACAAAUACAUGCAGAACCACAACCAGCAGCACCACGAAAACCCACCCAGCUACGCAACCUCCCACCACCAGUUCCACUCCCUCAGCAGCUUCGACCUCGACUCGCACAGCAAUCUCUCCCUCCCCUCCCCCACCAGCCACUCCCUCCAAUCCCCAUCCUCAUCCUCCUCACCCCCCUCCUCAUCCUCCUCGUCAGCGGCCGCGGCCGCCGCCGCCGCAGCAGCCGCUGCCAUCGCCGCCGGAAUGCCCCAUCACGGGUUCCUGAACGGACCCGCCGUCACCGCGCCUCCCCCGGCCGUCGUCGCGUCAACCAUCCAAAACCUCGGUCUCCCCGCCGAGGUCCAGCUCGAGUUCGUCAACGGCGGCCACGGCAUCAAGAACCCACUCGCGGUGGAAAACGUGCCCGGCCGGCUUCGUGACAGCUCCGAAGAGAAGCACCACGGCAAACUGCUCUCGCACCAACAGCAACAGCAACAACAACAACAGCAGCAGCAGCAGCAACUCCACCAGCAAUCCCAGCUCCAGCAGCACCAAGCGGACCUGCUCGGCGACGAGAACGGAUGUACCAGUUCCGGGUCCGGCUCCGGUGCCGACUCGGGCAGUGGCAGCACCAGCGGAAGCAGCAAGUUCUGCUGCCGGAUAUGCCAGAAGACGUUCACGCUGCAGCGGCUGCUGAACCGGCACAUGAAGUGCCACAGUGACGUGAAGCGCUACCUGUGCACGUUCUGCGGCAAGGGCUUCAACGACACGUUCGACCUGAAGCGCCACACGCGCACCCACACCGGCGUCCGGCCGUACAAGUGCAACCUGUGCGAGAAGUCGUUCACGCAGCGGUGCUCGCUCGAGUCGCACUGCCUCAAAGUGCACGGCGUGCAGCACCAGUACGCGUACAAGGAGCGCCGCACGAAGAUGUACGUGUGCGAGGAGUGCGGCCACACGACGAACGAGCCGGAAGUGCACUACCUGCACCUGAAGGAGAAGCACCCGUACUCGCCGGCCCUGCUCAAGUUCUACGACAAGCGCCACUUCAAGUUCACCAACUCGCAGUUUGCGAACAACCUGCUCGGCUCGUUCCCGAUGCCGGUGCAGAAUUAGACGGCGAGAGCGAGAUGGCGAUACGCGACCCCCUUCCCCUUCUCCCCUUUGGGGGGUUCCUCUCUGUUGAAAUGAGAUAAGUAGCAUGUAGAAAAAAAAAUGAAAACGAAAAGUUUAGUGAAAAGAAGAGGAGAAGUAAUCAAAGUAGGCGAUAACAUGUUAAACGUUUAAACACUAACAAUUAUUUAUUUGCUGCAAUAUUAUUUUAUAUUACUACUAAUCGCGUAGACAUGUAAGGCAACACACACACAAGAGAGAGUGAAAGGGAGAGAGAGAACCAACUUUUUUGCUGGAGACAAAAAAGGGGUCGCGUAUCGGAGAAAAAAUCAGCAGCUAAGGCUUUUUAUGUGUAAUUUUUUUUAGACUUUUUUUUAGUUUCAGUUUAGUAGAAGAGAGAAAGAUACACACAAAUCAAAAAAAGGACACUCAACACACAACCAAGUUAGCAAGAGAGAGAACAAAAGAAUUGAUUAAUGAAGAAGCGAAGAAGAAGAAGAUGCCGGCCGGGUCAGCAUCGAUCGACUCGUCGUCGUCGUCGCCAACUGCGAUUGUUUUUUUUUUUUUUUCGUUGUUUUGUUUUUGCUGAUAGGAUUGAAAGUUGGAAGAAAUGUGUGAACAAAAUUUGCAGCGGCUGCUGCAAAGUGGUUAAAUUUUGUUGUUUUAGAAACAAAUAUGUCGAUUAUAGUUUCUGAUACUCAUUAAACCUUUUUAAAAAUGUA